AUGGCGCUGGCCAACACGGGCAACAUCUACGUCUUCAUGGAGGUUGAGAUCAGUGGAGUCAACAUUGGGCGUAUGAUCUUCAAGCUGUACGAUGGCAUUUGCCCGAAGACCGCGGAGAAUUUCAAGUGCCUCUGCAACGGGGAGCGCGGCACGGGUCUGAUCACCAAGAUGCCGCUCCACUUCCAGGGCGCCAAGUUCCACCGCAUCAUCCCGGGCUUCAUGUGCCAGGGCGGCGACUUCGAGCUCGGCGCCCAGGGGAUGGGGCCCGAGAUGGCGGCCUGCCCCAUGGGCCCCGGCGGCGGCGGCUCGGCCGCGGUCGCGGCCGCGCUCGCGGAGGCGAGCGACGAGGUGGCGGCGCCGGAGGCGACUGGGCAGGCGGGCGUGGAGCCCGCGGUGGCGCUGCUGCGGGCCGCGUUCCGCCACCUGGUGGUGCAGGAGGGUUUCUUGGACACGCAGAGCAGCAAGGGGUUCCUGGCUUGCCAGGCGUUCCUCCAGUCGAUCGAGCUCUGCUCCGACGCCAUGCUGCUGGAGCCUGCUGCGCGCUCGUACCGGGACGUCUUCUCCAGGAACUUCAGGGGGCUCUUCGCAGGCCACAGCCGCAGCUAUCGCGUCGACGUGCUCGAAGCAGGCACGAGCCUUGGCUUGGUGGUCUUUUCGAACGGCGAGCGUGUGCAGUUGAGCCAGGCAAUAGCCCCCGACGCCGAGGGGCUGCGAGAUGCGUGGAUCAGUCUGGGCUGCUUUCUGAGUCGAUGGGAUGGCCGCUCAUGGUCCGAAAAGCAGCAGGAUGAGCGGAAUCCAAGCGCUUUGGACGAGCUUCGCUCAGCGCUCGCCCGCCUGGAUUACGCGUGGGCUGGCUUCGAGCGCGUAUAUGUCGAGGAGCUCAUGCUGCUGCAGGAGCGGGGUCGCCACUUGUUGCGGAAGGCCGUGACUUACGAGCAGAGGCUGCGCGAUAUCGAGGAGAGGGGCACACGCAGGGCGACCGCGCUGGAAUCGCAGGAGCUCCAGGCACUGCAGCAUAAACUCAUAGAAUGCUUGGAGCAGCUCAACCUGGUAGCCAAUGUUCGCAGGAAGGGGUGCCACCGUCUCAGUGCGACCACGCUCCUUGCUGCCCGCAGGGUGUUGGCCCUCAGGCGCGGCGGCUGCCCCGCCCGGGUGCUAGGCGAGCGCGUGUUGCAGUCGUACGCGCAGAUGCGGGAGUACCUCCGCGAGGUCGGCACGCGCCUCGAAGAGGUGGACCCCGACCUGUGGCGCAAUGCCGACCUGGUGGACCAGCUGGAGCACUGGGAGGAGAACUGGGAGAUAGGGGCCCGCUACCUGCAGGAGCCGAGGCAAUUCCACGCCGUCUGCGACAUGGUGGCGUACCUGCGCGAGGUCCUGAAGGUGGCCCCCGACUUGGCGCGCAUGUGCGAGGACCGCGACCCGGAGCUCUUCCUGGCGCUGCCGCGCGCCGUGCUCCUCGCCUUCCUGGCGGCCCCGCGCGGGCCGCGGGCCGCCCUGCUGCGGCGGCUACUGCCGCACAAGUUCACGGCGCGGGAGGGCGCGGCCGAGGAUGCGGCGCGCUCUGGCCCGGGCCCAGAGCUCCUGGAGCUCGCCGGCCGCGUGGGAGCGGUGCAGCUGCUGCUGGAGCGGUCCGCACCCUCGAGGGUGGAAGCGCUGAGGGUGCUUCUGCUGCGCGUCACCGUCGGGCCGGGCUGCGACGCGAGCGCAGCGGAGGAGGCCCUCGAGGUCGGGGCGCGGCAGGCCCUGGACAGCUUUGUUCGGGAGCUGGAGGGCCUGAGCAUGGAGCUGCAGAGGAACCCUUUCUUUCAUGCCACAGAGGGCUUCGGCUGGUGGCCGGACCCCGGAGGAUCGACUUGGUCGACGGUCCACUCGCCCCGCGAGUCGGACAAAGCGACAGGCGACGGCAGGGGGGGCGAGUCCAUCUACGGUGGCAAGUUCAGCGACGAGCAGGCGGGCCUCGCCCUGAGGCACGCGAAGAGAGGGCUCUUGAGUAUGGCCAACAGUGGCCGCGACACCAAUGGCUCUCAGUUCUUUAUCCUCUUCAAGCCUGCGCACCACCUGAAUGGGAAGCACGUGGUCUUCGGGGAGCUAGUAGAGGGCCACUCCACCCUGGACGCCAUUGAGGGCGUGAAGACGCUGUCCGACGACAAGCCAAUAGCUCCGAUUGUCACCUCCCGGUGCGGCGUGCUGGAGAGGAGAGUCGUCGGCAUGAGGAAGGUGAAGAGAAAAAGAGAAGGAGCCGCGGGCAAGGAAAGCAGCUCCUCGUCUUCGAGCUCUUCCAGCAGCGGGAAGAAGAAGAAGAAGAAAAAGAAAAAGAAGGACAAGAAGGACGCCAUUGCGAGCCCGGACAUCCAUCCAAUGCUCAGCGCUCCCGUGCGCCCCGCCGGCACGGACCCCGGCGACCCGAUGGCAUCGUUCGGCUUCGGGGGCCUCGGAGGCCUGACCGCCGCCGCCCCGCUGCGCGGCCCUCCGGGCCCCGGCCCCGAUGCCCCCGAUGCCCCCGCCGCUGCCGCGCCCGGCGGCCCCCCGGGCGGCCCCGACUGGCUUGGCGGCUUCGGGGGGGUCCCCACCGCCCCGAGCUUCGGCGGCGGCUUCGGAGGCACCGCUCCUGCGGGCGGCCCCCCAGGCGGCCCCGACAGGCCCGCGAGUUUCGGCGGCGGCUUCGGGGGCACCGCUCCUGCGGGCGGCCCUCCGGGCGGCCCCGACGGGCUCCACCAGCAGGGCUCCUUCGGCUUCGGAGGCGCGCCCGCGGCAGCCGCAGAGGCCGGCUCUCCAGGCGGCACCCGCGGGCCCGCGGAGCCCUUCGGCUUCGGGGGCGUGCCCGCGGCCGCUGCGCCCGCCGGCCCUCCGGGCGGCGGCUUCGGGGCAGUGCCCAUGAUGGGGCAGACCUCGCCCGCUGCCGGUGCAAUGGGCGAGGGCGGCCCAUUCGACGGCGGGUACCCUUUCGGGGCCGCCGGCCAGAACGGUUUCACGAUGCCGGGCGUUGGCCCGGCCAUUGCCCCGGCGUACGGGUUUAAGGGGGACGUUGGCGAUCCGGGUGCCCGCCGGCCGGCCACGGGCAUGCAGGGCUUCACCGCGCCGUCGCUGCAGCAGGACUUUGCGGGGGCCAUGGCGCCACCGACGACGGGCGGCCGCGGAUUCCUGCCUGCCCCCGCGCAGCCGAACGCGAGCGGCACGUGCCACAGGUGCGGCCAGGCGGGGCACUGGGCGCGCGACUGCCCCAACGCAGGCGCGGGGCCUGGCGCGGGCGGCGCGGGGUUUGGUGCGGGCGGCGCGCCGCUGGCUGAAGGCCCGCCUUGCCCCUGCGGCGCUGGGCCCGCGCUCGUGCGGACCGCCUCGACCGCCGCGAACGCCGGGCGGCAGUUCGCCAAGUGCCCCCGCUCGCAGGGGGCGGGGGACAACGGCUGCGGUUUCUUCCAGUGGAUGGACGAGGCGGGCACGGCGGCCGCACCGCCCCCCGCGCCCGCGGCGGACGGGCCGCCGUGCCCGUGCGGCGCGGGGCCCAGCCUGGUCGCCACCGCGCGCAGCGCCGCGAACAGCGGGCGCCAGUACGCGAAGUGCCCGCGGUCCGAGAACGUGCCCGGCAAGAACGGCUGCGGCUACUUCCAGUGGAUGGACGAGGUGGCCAACGGGGUCCAGCCGCCAGCACCCCGCCCGCCGCCGCAGGAGGGCCCACCCUGCCCCUGCGGCGCGGGGCCGACGCAGGUGCAGGCUGCCCGCAGCGCGGCGAACAGCGGCAGGCCGUACGCCAAGUGCCCGAAGUCCGAGAACAUGCCCGGGAGGAACGGCUGCGGGUUCUUCCAGUGGAUGGACGAGCCCCAGGGCGGCGCCAGCGGGGCCGGCGGCGGUGCCGCGGCACAGCAGGUGCAGCAGGGCCCCGACUGCCCCUGCGGCGCCGGCCCAACCCGCGUCCGCACCGCGAAGACCGCCGCGAACAACGGGCGGCAGUUCGCGAGCUGCCCGAACAACACGCCGGGCGGUGGCAACGGCUGCGGGUUCUUCCAGUGGAUGGACGAGGCCGCGGGUGGCGCUGCAGGAGGAGGUGGUGGCGCCCCCGCGGCGGCCGCCCAGCAGGUGCAGCCAGGCCCCGCGUGCCCCUGCGGCGCCGGCCCGACGCAGAUCCUGACGGCCCGGAGCGCGGCGAACAGCGGCAGGCAGUUCGCCAAGUGCCCGCGGGCGGGCCGGACCCCGGGCAGCGACAACGGCUGCGGCUUCUUCCAGUGGCUGGACGAGGCCCAGCUGGGGGCAGGCGGCGGGUUCGCGCCUCCGCCCGGCGGGGCGCCCGCGGGCGGCCACGCAGGCGGCGGGUUCGCAGGCGCAGGAGCGGGCGGCCGGGCGGGCGACGAGUGCUACAAGUGCGGCCAGACGGGGCACUGGGCAUCGAACUGUCCGAACGUGGACGCGGCAGCGCCCAAGGUCGGGGAAGAGCAGUUGCAGCAGGGGUGCGGGCGGCCCGACGAGGAGGAGGGGGGAGGAGGGAGGGGGGGGAUGGGGUGGUGGAGGGGGAGAAGCUGA